AUGAAAACCGAAGAUGCACUGGAAGACAUGCCGAAGGAGCGAGAGGACAUAAUUCAAAGCAAGAAAGCCACUUACGAGAUCAUGGAGGUAAUCGGAAAAGGCUCAUUCGGCGCCGUAUUUCGAGUGCGACGACUAGAAGAUGGUAAAGAAUUGGCAAUGAAAUGUGAAUCGUAUAAAGUAAAAAAGCAGAUAUUAAGGCAUGAAGCUCGAGUACUAGAAGGGUUGAGAAAAGUACAAUCAGUUCAUUUUAUUAGUUACGAAGAUCGUGGAAAGGUCACUGGACGGUUUAUGUUCGUUAUACUUAGAUUGUUGCAGUGCGGGUUUUUGCAUCGAGAUAUUAAACCACCAAAUUUUGCAAUAGGACGAGAAGAAGACGGCAGUGGUCAUACCAUUUACAUCCUCGAUUUCGGACUUUGUAGAAGAUAUCGGUACGAUUUUGACAACGGCAAUCAUCAAACAGCUUUCUAUUAA